GAGCGGGCCGGCGUCGAGACGAAGCACCCAGUCCAGCAGCAUAAAUAGCCAGCGGCAGCAGCGACACACAGCGGCGAUAGCAAGUACAGCCCCCUUAGUCCUAGCCCCACCCCAGCCCAGCUCAGGCCAGCCAGCACAAUGACAGCCGCCGCCAUCUGCACCAUCGCGUCCCUCGACCACCUCGUGCUGACGGUCGCGUCGCUCCCGCGCACGAUCACAUUCUACCAGCGCCUGGGGAUGCGGCACGAGGUCUUCUCGCCGGCCAGCGCACCAGACACGCAGCGGCACUCGCUGCGCUUCGGGCCGUCCAAGAUCAACCUGCACCAGAAGGGGUCCGAGUUCGACCCUAAGGCGACCAACGUCCAGACGGGCUCGGCGGACCUGUGCUUCGUCGUCGAGGAUGACGUGCGCGUUGUCCGCGAGCGACUGCAGGCGGCCGGCCUGACCAUCCUCGAGGGAGGCGAGGUCGUGCCGCGUACUGGCGCGCGCGGACCCAUCGAGUCGGUCUACCUCUACGACCCGGACGGUAACCUCGUCGAGCUGUCCAACUACAAGCAGAAGUGAGCGGUCGGAGGCCGGAGGCCGGUCGUGCAGCACAGAGAGCGUGCACGACGCCAGCUGCUCGCGCAGCUCGCCGGAUAACCUCGUGGUGACACCAUGUCAGUGCCGAUGACAUGCCGGAUCUUGCAUGAGAAUAGUGGGACCAGGUGGGACGAUAGGGACCACGAAGGGUCCAUGAGGCGUCGGCGACAUACGCGGCGGUGACGGAUCUCCGAGAUUUGUAUUCGUUCGGUAAUGCCUGCGUCAUUGUUGGGGAUGGGGAUGGUGUGGUGGUAUGUGAUGCGAGGUGCACGGC